GGUUUUAACGGGCGUGCGACUUUAGUGCCUGCGCGGGAGUGCGCUGACCGGAGAGCCGCAAGUGCCUCACCCGCGCGCGGCGACCUCUGCGCUGCGCUCGAGCCGCAAGGUCGAAGUUUGCUCGUCGUCGCUCCCUGCCCUUACUUACUUCUACUCUACUGCUUCUUAUCGCUCUACACUCGCAUACUAUUUUUAUAUCCUGUGCACUAGUUCGAGUUCACGACAUCUACCUCGCUUUUCUAAUAGUGUGGGAUGGAAUAUUUGCCCUACAGCUUUCAACAACCUAAAAAAGUCGUUAAUACUAAAGUCGGUACAGACGGCUUCAUCUAGAGUCGAUACGAAGCAAGCGUGGCAGCAUUUUAUCAUCCGGCGAUUAGAUAAAGCGAAAUCGCUCAAACUCAGUGAACGGCAGUAGGCUCGCGCGCGCCCUGCUCGCAUCGCGCGCCUCGUGUGUGCAGACAGUCGCGUCGGGUGCAGUAACCACAGGUGCUGCUGAAAAAGCAGCACAUCUGCUAAUAUAAUUCAUACCUCCCAGACUAUGGGCCAACACUGUGUGAUUGAUAUGUUAGGCCGAGGUGGCAGGGCGCGCGCAGCGGAGACGACCGCGAGCCGGGCACAAGCUUCCUUGUUAUUGUUAGCGAAUGUUGACCGCGCGAGUGCCGCUGACCCGGUUUCUGCCGCACUACCAGGCGCAAACGCUAACUACACUCCCGAUUUACUUCAAAAACUGCAUAGAAAAUGCACUUACAAGUUUUUGUUACAGUAAUAUGUACUACGCAACAUAAGCAGAACCUUAAAAUGGCUAAUGCGAUUAGGUAACUUAUACCUACUACACACGAGAGCGAGGAAUAGAAAACAAGGAAUACAAUUGUCAAAUAUAAGGCGAGGCGGAUUGCGGCGCGGAGGGCGCGGGCGGCGGCGAGGCAGAGAGCCCGCCCCCCCUGCCGGCGUUCGGCUACGCCCACCAGGGCGGGCUGUCGCCGUCCCACUCGCGCAGCUACCAGGAGCUGCGGCCGGCGGCACACGCGCGCGACAUGCAGACCUACCCGCACCUCGAGGAGACGUUGUUCAAGCCGGCGGGCACGCCAGCCUCCACUGACGGCGGCAGCGUGCUCAUCUUCCGCCGCAGCCCCGAGAUGAGCCCGUCGCCGGAGCGCCGCGACGACUAUCGCUCUGUGCACCCCUAUGAGGCCUACACACCGGGCCCGCCGCCCGCCUACGCCCACGAUCACCAUCAUCACGUCGAAGGAGGCGGCGGCGGCAGCGGCGUGUACGCCCGCUGCGCGUACCCCGGCAGCGCGCCCUACUUCGGCAACGGCGCCGACCUGUCGUCGCAGCCACAGAUUUGGACCUCUAGUGCAGGCGGAUCGCCAUCCUACGGUGGGUCGAGUGGCAGCGCGCCCGGCGCGGUGCUGGACGAGUACGGCGACGGCGCCGGCUCGGGCUCCGGUGGCCCCGGCGGCUCGCCCGGCAGUGGCGGCGCAUUGCCUGCCUUUAACACCCGUUUCGGUGGAACCCCCUUCGCUUGUGCCACCUCGCGCCCUUCCACAGUCUACGGGACCGCGGCUCUGUCUUCUAACGCUUAUGUGCCCCAGGAAGUAUGGUUAGAAGGCAGUCGCCGACAGUACUCUGCCGCCGCCAAUCUGUCAGCAAUCGAGAUGGCGGAGAUUUUCACGGAGGGGCGCGAGUGCGUGAACUGCGGCGCCAUCGACACGCCGCUGUGGCGGCGCGACGGCACCGGCCACUACUUGUGCAAUGCGUGCGGCCUCUACAACAAGAUGAACGGCAUGAACCGGCCGCCCAAGCAGCCCCGCCGGCUGGUACGUCAGCGGCACGCGGCGCACGCCGUGCCCGCGCCCGCCAACGACAUGGGAACAAAGAGGCCUGGCCUUUCGUGCAGCAACUGCCACACGACCAUGACGUCCCUGUGGCGCCGCAACGCGCACGGCGAGACCGUGUGCAAUGCCUGCGGCCUCUAUUACAAGCUGCACAACAUCAACCGUCCUAUGGCCAUGAAGAAAGACUCCAUACAGACGAGAAAGCGAAAGCCUAAGAACAGCUUGAAAACCGAGCGCAACUUGAAAAAUUUAACUCAACACUCGCAUUCCACUGCGGUCAAAAUGGAAAACCUGUUGGAUGCGGGGGCAACGGCGGCGUCGACCGUGGGCGAGAGCAGUCGAGGGCUGUCACUGGGCUACUACGUGCAGCAGCAGCUAAAGCGGGAGGAGCCGCCACCGGCGCACGGUGGCGCGCUGGCGCAUCACGCGCACGCGCCUGCGCUGCUGCAUCACGUGCACGCACAGCAGCUCUACGAGGAAGAGUUCCGGCGCGCACCCGAGUCCACAGAUCGCCUAGAACGCCCCACAGUCGUCUCUAUCGGCAGCUGAGCUCGUCUUCUGCGAAUCACACCUCCGAAAGUCGCACGAAGCGAACCUUUCGAGGAACGCGACGACGACUACGGAAAUCUAUCAGUGGUGUUUGCGUGAUCGUUCAAAUUAAGAAUGAAUUUCGGUGACUUUGGUUACGAAACCUACCUAGUAUGUGCUAAACUCAAUUCAGGGUACAAAAGUAUAAUUUCAUAAAUAUUUGCUGUUGUUAUACGUAUAAGUAGCGAUUCAUUAUCUUAUAUGUCAUCAACGUGAUACUACGGCGGAACAAACUGGAGUUAGCUAGGAAGACUCACCGACUCCUUGCGUAAAAUAAUAUAUUUUAAACGUUGAGAAUAAUAAUAUAGAAUCUCACUUAGUUAAGCAAUUACUUUAUUUAGUAAAUUAGUUUAGAUUAGGAAUGUGAGCGAGUUCGACCAAAGAGUCGUAGCUAGUUGACCAAAUAUUCAAUGUGUACAGUCGGAUAAUAUAAUUUUGUAAAUAUUUACAUCUUGCGUUUUCGAGGAAAAUUUACUAGAAACGUUAAGUGCACAAGUCUUAAACUAAUAAUAUACAUAUGUAUGUACCUAUAUGUGUAAGAUGAAAAUGAUCCGCCAAAUUGAAGGUUACAGUUUUAGUAGCCCGGUGCGAAGUAAUCAUUAUUUAGUUUAAGAUUAUUAAGUUGAUAUAUUUGUAACAGCGAUUACAUUUGUAAAAGAUAAGUAAUUACACCUGUCAACAUAAGUGAGACGAAUUUAAGUUAAAUUACUGAGCGUCACAUUUAGUUUUAUUGUUUGUGUUUAUUUUUGUUACCAAAUACUAAACUCGUAAAUAGUACGAGUACGUGCCUGAAGCAUUCCUUCCGCACGUGCUAGGUGACGGAGCAUCCCGCCCUGCCCGUGUGAAACGCCGCAAGGAGGCUAUAGUCAUGUUUUAUAUUACCAACUUUUUGUUGUAGUAUAACUCCAAACUCCAUGACUUUGUUAAACAUUCCUUAAAUUUUUUACACUUAAGCAUUGUAGAAGUGAUAAGAUAGUCUCUAAUUCGACUGAUACUGAUAUAAAUGAAAAUGGAUUGUGUAUAAUCAGCGUUGUUGAACUCGUAUUAAGUAACGGAAAUCAAUAUCGUAGACGUUAACGUACACUGUAAAUAGUGUAAAUUUUAUGUUCAAACAUUCCUUCCCUAGAUUUUAUUGAGUUUUUUGUGUGCCGGUAAAUGCAAUAAAUACAGUGAAAAUUUCUAACUUUGCCCUGCGAGAUAAAUGUCGUAAGUCAUCAUCUCACCAAACAUUUAUCAAGAGCACAAGAGGUCUGUGUAUACCGUAUAAGUUAUAAUCAAACGAUGAAUUAAUAUUUGAGUACCUACUGCCCAUUUUGUCCCGUUACGUAUAAAUUUUAUAUGAUUUUUAUUACCCUCCGGCCGUGGCAGCAUGGUCAAUAUCACUUGUCACUAUACCUGUCACUUUCGUGCUUACAUACUUGUUCGAAUGUGACAGACAUGGUGACAAAUGAUCUGAACCCUACAGGGCGAAAGUGGACGGUAUAAUGGUACGAUAUAAGUAGAUAAUGGAAUUUAAUGCUCAGAAAUAUAAUUACGGCCAGGCAAAAUCGAAUAUCUAAUGGCGCACUUUAAUCGAACGUUGUCAGAAUGUGCCGUUAAGAAAAGAGUAACUUAGUGUCGCUUGGUAAUAAGGUAUUACUGCCAUAGCAUAGCAGUAACAGCUUGUUCCAACAUCAGAGUCUAAGGUCCGUUACAAGGAAUUUCAUUUAUAACUGCACAUAGGUUAUGUAGCUAAACCUGGCAUGAAGUGGUUUCGCCCUUAUUAACAACCGACAAUGUGAUACCUUUAGCCUGAAAACGUUCGGUACAGUCAGCUGCAGAGAGAGGUGACCCCCUUGUGUUUGCAACGGAGGUCAUCUCUUUCUGCAGCUGACUGAGCUGUCCUUAUUGUAAUCCAGAUAAUUUAAUAAUUUUAUUUACAUCAUUACAUACAUUAUUCUAUUUGUCAGGACUUACUCACCUGCGGUGUCUUUUAGAUUGCACACUAAAAAAAACAUGUUUGCCACUGUGCAAAGGUACGAAAUGGCAUAUUAACUGAUAACCGUACACUGUUGACCGGCUCGUAAGGAUUUCAAUAAUAUUUUUCGGCUAUAUCAAUAUUUUGCUCUUAAACAAAGACUGCAAACAUAUUAGUCGAUAGAUCUGAUUAAAACCUCUCUGAAGUGUCUUUACUGUGCGUCAUGAAAUAGUUCCUUAUAUUGUUGAUGUAAAUCGUUUGUAUUUUAUUUGCGUAGUAAGAAACUGCAUGUUAAAGAGGAAUAGUAUAUAUGACGUUAAAUUAAAUUUGUACUGAAAUUUGAUUUAUUUGAAUGAGUACAUAUGUCAAAGAAGUGGCUUUUGCUGGCAUUAACUUGUAGAGCGAAAACUUUCUUUAUUACCUUACGUUUGGUGUUUAUUAAUAUAAAAAAUAUAUACAUUUUAGCUGAUGCCAAUAUUAGCCACCCCUUCUUCAUGUUACACCGUGUAAAUAUUAUGUUAGCAAUGCUUUCAAUUAAAUAACUACACUCAA